CCAAACAGUGAAAAUUUCACGCAGUGCAUUGGCCAUGUGGAUCACCAAAAAAAGCUGGAUGCUAAGACCAAUCGUUACCUACUGAUAAAUGCGAAUGGGGGCUUAAAUCAGAUGAGAUUUGGGAUUUGUGAUAUGGUUGCCGUUGCUAAGAUCAUGAAGGCAACACUAGUUCUCCUGUCACUUGAUCACUUCUACUGGGCAGAUGAAAGGCUACAGCGACUUCAAGGAUCUUUUUUAUUGGAAGCAUUUCAUUAAGACCUUAAAGGAUGAGGUUCACAUAGUUGAAAAACUGCCAGUUUCACACGAGAAAAUUGAACCUUUUACAAAGGCCCCUAUAUCCUGGUCUAAGGUCUAUUACUAUAAAUCAGAUGUUCUCCCACUUUUGAAACAACACAAGGUUACGUACUUCACCCAUACAGACUCCCGACUGACAAACAAUGGACUUCCAACAUCUGUUCAGAAGCUGAGAUGUCGUGUAAACUACAGAGCAUUGAAAUAUUCAGGCUCAAUUCAAGAGCUGGGUGCCACCUUAAUCUCAAGGAUGCGCCAAGGUGGAAGCCCUUAUAUUGCUCUUCAUUUACGGUGAUAUAAAGAUUUAAAUAGGAGAAUGCUGUAUGAAUCUUUUGGAACAGACUUGU